CAAACCAACCCCAAGAUUCCCAGAAAUCUGAAACUCUCAAAUGAUGAGCGGCUGCAAGAGAGCGGCGUUGAUGCCGCUGCAGUCGUCGUACAACUCCCUCUACGACAAGGGCCCGAAACACAACCGCAGUUUCAGCGAAGACAUCCGCAGCAGCCCGGACGAGUCUUCCAAACCAGACCACCAGUUCACUUUGUCUUCGAACGAUGAAGACAAGGAGAACGCAAGGCCAAACAACAACGACAACAACAACAAAAGUAGUGACAAGGAGAACUUGCUGGGGAAGAAGAAGCCACUGACGACGAAGCAGAAUCUGAACAAGUCGUUCUCCACCGGAUGCGGCGGAGGUGGGAUCGCGUUGAAGCCUUCGUCGCUUCAGUUCUGUAUGCAGAUGAGUGAACCGGAGAAGGAGCUCUUUGGUGGGUCCAAAUUGUGGGACCCGCCGAGUGUGACGUCGGACAACUCCAGCUCUCUGAAGAUUUGGGACUAUUCGGAUUCUGAGGCUGCUCCUGCAUCUUCUUGGUCCACUCUGCCUAAUAAGUCAUUGCUGUGUAGGCCAUUGCCGAUGGAUAUAGGAAGCUGCACCUGUGUUAUAGUGAAGGAAAAAUCUCCAUAUGGGGGUUCUUUGUAUUCUCUAUAUACCAAUGAAGGCAAGGGAAGGCAGGACCGGAAACUAGCUAUUGCACACCAUAAGCGGCGUAAUGGAAAAUCUGAGUUAACUAUUGCUCAAAAUCUGAAGGGCAUACUGUCACAUUCAGAUGACAGCUUUAUUGGGAUGGUGAAUGCGAAUCUCAUGGGUUCAAAGUAUCAUAUAUGGGAUCAGGGCAAGCGGCCAAAUUGCUUGAGCAAACAGUCUAAAUCACUUCUUGCUGCUGUAUCGUUCACACCCACAAUUUCAACAUGGACAGGAAGUUACAGACGUAUAAGGGCAUAUGUACCCAAGCACCAAUCGAUGCAAUUAAAGAAUUCUACACAGGUACAACACAUUAAGGGACUGCCAACGGACUGGGAGGGAAAAAUGGACAAAGUCCAUCAGCUAUAUUCAAGAAUUCCAGUUUACAAUAAAAUUGCAAAGCAAUAUGAGUUGGACUUCAGAGAUAGGGGAAGAGCUGGGCUUAGAAUCCAAAGUUCAGUUAAGAAUUUCCAGCUGACUCUGGAGGAGAAUGGAAAGCAGACAAUCCUGCAGUUAGGAAGGGUAGAGAAGUCAAAAUACGUGAUGGAUUACAGAUAUCCUUUGACAGGCUACCAAGCGUUUUGCAUGUCUGGCUUCUAUUGAUUCGAAGCUUUGUUGCUCAGUAUAAAUAGCAUGAAACCAUCUUUAUGGCAUUAGAUUUUGUCGUUCAACCUCAGAACAUCCACAAGCAGGCUUGUCACAGGACACACCUUCGAGGCUCCUAGCUAGGUCUUGAUCAUCUUAUUAAUUUUUGCUACCCCAUUUCACUGAAAGCCUAUUAGUAUUGUAAGAUGUUUGAUUUGAAAAGUAUAUGUGGUUGUUUAUGCUAGUUUGUAUAUGUAUUGUUUGGAAUAUGCUAGUUUGUAUUUGUAUUGUUUUAGUCUAUUGUUGUGUAUGUUCUUGUGAUUAUAUUUAGCGAGGACCGAUACAGAAU